CCACUUCUUCUUCCAAACAAAGGAGAAAUUAUGGCCAUCUUUUUGCAAAAUGCGCGUCUUGUUCUGGUUUUGUUGGGAUUAUUUUUGCUCUUUUCUCCAUCGGCAAGAUCCGAGCCGGAGCUGCAGGAGGAGGAGGAGGAGGAGGAGAGCUCCUGUCAGGGCGCUUUUGACCUUUACUUUGUUCUUGACAAAUCGGGAAGUGUGAAGGACCACUGGAAUGAAAUCUACUACUUUGUGGAGAAUUUAGCCGAGAAAUUCAAAAGUCCCAUGCUGAGGAUGUCCUUCAUAACGUUUUCCUCCAGUACGACCACCAUCAUGAAGCUGACCGAAAACAGAGUGAACAUCAGAAAGGGUCUGAACGCUCUGAAAAGAGAGGUUCCAGGAGGAGACACGUUCAUGCACCUCGGGUUGCAGGAUGCAAAUGAGCAGAUAAGGAAGGAGAACUUUGGCACGGCCAGCGUGAUUAUCGCUCUGACGGACGGCGAGCUGCAGGAGCACCAGCUCAUCAACGCACAGCAGCAGGCAGAGGAAGCCAGGUCUCUUGGGGCAAUCGUGUACUGUGUUGGCGUUAAAGACUUCAACGAAACGCAGCUGGCCACCAUUGCAGACACCAUCGAGCACGUCUUUCCUGUGCUGGGCGGCUUCCACGCCCUCCGGGGUGUCAUUGACUCGAUCAUCAAGAAAUCCUGCAUAGAAAUUUUGGCGGCCGAGCCCUCCAGUGUGUGUGCAGGAGAGUCUUUUCAAGUGGUGGUGAGAGGGAACGGCUUCCUCCACGCGAGGAACAUCGACCAGGUGCUGUGCAGCUUCAAAAUCAACGACACCGUGACAGUCAAUGAAAAGCCGGCCGGUGUGGAGGACACAUUCCUGCUGUGUCCGGCUCCUGUGAUCGAUGAAGUGGGGAAAGUGAUUUACCUCCAAGUGAGCAUGAACGACGGCUUGUCCUUCAUCAGCAGCAACGUUCACAUCACCACCACUGAGUGUUUUGACGGCACCAUCCUCCUCAUCACCCUGCUGGUGUUGUUCCUCCUGCUGGCCGUGCUCUUGAUGUGGUGGUUCUGGCCUCUCUGCUGCACCGUGGUGAUCAAAGAGCCUCCUCCUCCACCUCCUCCGGAGCCCGAAUCGGAUGACGAAGAUGGCCUGCCCAAAAAGAAGUGGCCCACAGUGGACGCCUCGUAUUAUGGAGGACGAGGAAUCGGAGGGAUCAAGAGGAUGGAGGUGCGUUGGGGAGGGAAGGGCUCGACCGAGGAGGGGGCCAAGCUGGAGAAGCCCAAGAACGCGGUGGUGAAAAUGCCUGAGCAGGAGUACGAACCGUACGAGCCCAAACCCAAGAAGUCUCAGAGCAAGAAGCCGCCUCAGAGCCGGAAGUGGUACACGCCCAUCCGGGGUAAGCUGGAUGCGAUCUGGGCUCUGUUCCGGCGCGGGUACGACCAGGUUUCCCUGAUGAGACCCCAGCCCGGGGAUCAUGGUCGAUGCAUUAACUUCACCCGAGUGAAAGAAGAGUCGGCAGCGGCCAAGGCUCCGCCUCGCACCCCCAUCCACACGCCGUCGCCUCCUCCGCCGGACUACUGCCCCGCCGCUCGGACCCCUUCGCCGCCUCCCGCCUCCAGCACCCCCCCCGCCAGAUCCCCGCCGUCCGGCCAGGUCCCCCCGGGACCGCCGCCGUCCCGCACGCCCCCGGGGCUGCCCUGUCCGCCUCCGUCGCGUCCUCCACCCACCCUACGUCCCUGAAGCCCACAGACAGAGCGAGAACAAAAAGAAAAAAAAGAAAGCCCCUCCCUCUCACUGCGCCCGCUUUGAUAUCACAUUGAUAUUGCCGCCAUGUUGACCAGCUCUUCCAGUCGGAAGGCCGCGGUCUCCUCGCUGCCAACGGUACUCCUGCUAUAAGCCAAAGAUGAGCAUUAUGAUGAAACAGAGUGUUGAUUGAAACUGUAAGCUCGUUUUUUUGUUACUCAGGACGCUGAGAGAAAAAAACGUCUAAACGCCACUCAAAUUUUCCCCUCCUCUGCGCCGUCGCUCAAUUUUGCGCCCAAAAAGUCAAAAGGUGGAAACAUCGGGAUGAGUUCUUCUCCGCGGGGUCGGCGGUUGUUCGUUGAGCCGCACUGUGAGGGCUCCGACUUGCAGUUUGACUCGACACUCUGUCUCUUGCGGCCUGGACGAGGCGAUUUUGGGGAAACGAUUUUUCUCGAUGUCGACGUUUGUGGGGAAUUGUUGCUGGACAGCAAAGCACGUAGCGACAGGAAAGAACCGCAAUGGAUGAAAUGACAUUGUUGUCUUCAUCAACUACUGAGUAAGGCCUUGGUUAGUGAGGAUAAGGGUGACAAGCAGGUAGGAUGUGAAAAUCGGAACUUUAGGCAGAAGGCGUUGUGGGUUUUCUCCAUUGCUUUUAUUUUGAAAACUGAAUUUCAAAGUGUCGAUUGGUCACGUAAGAUAAACCAGGUUUGGUUGACUCUAAAGUCUAAUCUUUGAAAAUGUGCAACAAAUUCCAAACCAGAUAAGAGAGAAAUAAACAGUGUUGUGGUUUGUGGUCCAGUUUUUGUACCAUUCAAAAACAGGGAAGUGUACAGAUGUUUCAUGGGAAAUGUGUUUGUUUGAGAUGUGUUUUAAAUGUACGUUGAUAUCUUUGAGGCUUUGGGUUUUUUUUCCUUAACCACCUUUUCAUGUAGCUGAAUUUAGACUACAGCAAUAUGUUUUUUUUUUGUUGUUGUUGUUGUUGUUGUUGUUUUGUGUUUGUCUUUUUUUUCUGAUAUCUGUGCACAUAGACUGCUGGAAAACCACAGUUUGCAUUUGUUUUUGUUCACAUUUGGAUGUCAGAACUUAUGAAAUUGAGCAACCAAAAAUCAGGCUCAGGUCUCUCCUCACUUUUUUUUUUUUUUU